AUGCCUCUCCUACCUCUGACUAAGGGACAGAAGAAGGCAGCGAAAAGAGCUGCCAAGAGACAAGGCGUAUCAGCUACUAGGGAAAUUCCUUCGAGGAACGUGGAGUACAGGAUAGUCGAUGAUAUUGAGCCUGAGAGGCUCGGCACGCCCGCAAUACCAAUUACACCUACCCAAGACAGCGCAAUAUCGACACGGGAUGUUGCUCUUUCGAUCCCUCAGCACUCCAGCCCCGUGUCAUCUGCCACUGUCAUUACGGCUAGAUCUACCUCAAAUCUAUCACAACAGAUAUCUUUACCGAACACGGGUCUUCCUGGGUCUCAGUCCUCAAGCCCUUUGCCUUCGUUGUCCGCACUGCCUCUAGAGUCCCUGGGCAGCUUCAACGAUAGCUUCACCUUCACAGCUUCCAGUGGCGUUGCUACGACUGGUGAACGCUCAAAUAUCACUGACAUUCCCAACCACGAGUGUGUAUCUUCCUUCUCCAAAGAUGUUGGGGAUGUUGAGAAUAAAGGUCCAACUUCGUUGGCUUUCAGCGAAGCUUUCGUGGAAGACCUACGAAGUCCUACCUUUACGACCACCGCAGCAUCGACGAGAGCUUUCGAGGAAGCCUUGUCACGAAAGUCGGAUGUGACAGGGUCAUCGAUCUUCACUCGGCUCCAGGAUGCCACGACUGCCAUCGCUCCAGAACCUGUGUAUGAAAAUGAGUUUCCACUCACAGAUACUGAUAUGGAGAAAAAGCCGGAAGUGUCGUUGGACUAUGCAAAUCUAGAGCGGGCUCUUGUACCGUACUGCAGGCUCAAGCCACUUAGCCUUAUUGCGAACUACGAAGUGAACCAAAAUCUCAACGAGGACGACACCGACCUGUCACUUAAGGGUGUACUUCCUCGUCGAAUGUUCUUAGUGAGCGCGGGUGGUGUGAUCCAAUGCAUCGCAUACGACCAGCUUCUACACGACGUCGAAACCGUCAAGGACGACGGCGGGUCAGACUUUGACUCAGUCGCUUCUCCAAUCAAAGGUCUCCUCGGGCAUUCCAAUGGCGCACAUGACGAGACCUCCGAGAGUAUUGACAGUCGCAUUGAGGGCGCCCAGUCAGACUCCGGCAUCCGCGAAAGGCUUCACGACGUGGACAAUGCGGGUGUAGAGGGUUCCGAAGUAUCCGACAUGUAUGAUCGCGAAGAUGUCUCGAGCCAUACGGACGAUUCGAAUGUCGGUUCGGACGAGGCUGCAUCGGUCAGCACCGAGAAGUGCGAAGUUGUUGCGACGCAGCAAGGAAGCCUCCAAUCAACCGCGCGCUCAGGCAGCAAAGAAGAGCUUCCAGACGCACCACUGAACGAGGUCUCCAACGAAGAAGUUGCGGAGCCAGUAUCGACUAGUUCCCAGGUACCUGACACUUCCGACCGUGAUUCUGAGUUCAGUCGCAUGCUUGGUAUGGGACCCACAUCCUCCUUUCUUGAAGUCAUAGAGGUCGAGGAAAGCGGUAAGGCUACUCGACACGCCGUCGUCACCGCGUUCCUGAAGCUUGUCAAUAUCGAGCGAAAAAAGCGCGGGGUUCAUGCUGUACCAUCGUUAUACACAGCACAAAGUGUGCUGAGCAGUGGUGUUCUUCCGCACACAAUCAAGCUUGGUAGUAUGACUGUUGCGUCUUUCAUUGCUCAGUUGAGCUUCGAUGAGAGGGACGAGAUUGAGAUCGUUGACGUGAGUGCGGCCUGGGAUCGAUUGGGUCGUGAGCAAGUGCAACAGCAACGGGCAGCUUCUGGAGGUAUGAUGAGUAUAUUGAGCAGAGUGUUCCGUCGGCCCACAUGA